CAUGUCGUUCUGGUUCACAUGUCAUUAAAAAUGUCAUGUUAGUGAGUGUCAGUUGUCCUUUCCUUAUUAUUCGUCGAGUUUGUGGUUGUGUUAGUGCAAUUAUAUCUCGUCGCUCUGUAAUUAAUACGCGAAUAAUGAUAUUUAGCAGUCGUAUAAUAAAUCUGUGCUGUUAAACGUCGUUUUAUUAAGAAGAUCAUGUAGAAUAAUUAAAUACAAAUAUAUGUUUAAAGUAAAUAAUGAACGGUAGUUUCAAUUAGAAUAAAAAAUGAGUGCAAUAUUAAAACAUGUUAAUUACAUAGGAUGUUAUAGGAUACUUAUAGUUUUUUUGGGAGUGUGGCUUGUAACUUUGGUUAUUUCUGCAUUUCCUAUGCUAAACACCGGUAUCACUUCUACAGAUAGCAAAACUACUGAAAGGUUAACAAGAGCAUUAGCUGAUUUAGAUGUCCUUCGUAAACAAAAUGAAGAACUUCAAGAGAUUUUUAAAGAUAUAAGUGCAAAUAAUUUAAACGAAGAACAGAAAGAAGCCAUUGAGAACUUUCAGUCUCGUUUAACUAAAGUAGAACACACAUUUAACUCAAACAACAACAUAGGGUAUAUUAGUCCUAAAGAAGAACCCAAUACUCAAUAUGAAUUACUAAGACGAAGAAUUUACUCCAAUACUCAAGAAUUGUGGUAUUUUAUACAUUCAGGAUUACUAGAUAUUCAGAAAAAAGCGAAUGAAGUAGCCCCCGAGAUUGUCGAUUCUAUAUCUUACCUAUUAAAUUUAGGCUUCGAGCACAAAAGGUCUCUGAUCUAUGACAUCGAACAACUGGCCGAGGUUGAUGGUUAUGCAACAUGGAGGGAGAAGGAAUCUAAUGACUUGAGCAAUCUUGUCCAGGGAAGGUUCAGGUAUUUGCAAAAUCCAGAAAAUUGCAAUACUGCCAAAAAGUUGGUCUGCAAUUUGAAUAAGGGAUGCGGAUACGGCUGUCAGCUGCACCACGCCGUGUACUGCUUCAUGGUUGCGUACGGCACCAAAAGAACCCUGAUACUGAAAUCCAAAGGGUGGAGGUAUCACAAAGCGGGCUGGGAAGAAAUUUUCAGACCCGUUAGCGAAACUUGCACCACCCCCAGUGGAGAAAGUGUGGCUAAUUGGCCUGGGAAUCCCGAUACCCAAGUUAUUAACCUGCCCAUAAUAGAUUCUUUGUCCCCCAGACCUCCAUUUUUACCUUUAGCUGUGCCCGAGGAUCUGGCACCUCGGUUGACGAGGUUGCACGGCGAUCCUAUUGUUUGGUGGGUGGGACAGAUUUUGAAGUAUCUGUUGCGGCCCCAAGAAAAAACUGCUAAUAGGAUACAGGAGACUAUGACUAAAAUGGGAUUUAGAAGGCCCAUAGUGGGGGUACACGUUCGCCGGACGGACAAAGUUGGCACCGAAGCCGCUUACCACAGCAUCGAAGAAUACAUGUCGCACGUGGACGAGUACUUCAGUCACCUAGAAUUGAAACAGAACAUAGACAAACGUAGGGUAUACUUGGCUUCUGACGACCCGAAGGUCCUGAACGAAGCCAGAAGUAAAUACCCCCAUUACGAGAUUAUAGGCGACCCGUCGAUAUCAAAAACCGCAGCGGUGUCGACGAGGUACUCGGAUUCUUCUUUGUUCGGAAUCAUAAUGGACAUCCACAUGCUGUCUAUGAGUGACUAUUUAGUUUGCACUUUUUCCUCACAGGUCUGCAGGGUGGCGUACGAAAUAAUGCAAAAUUACUACCCGGACGCCUCUUCCAGGUUUAGGUCUUUGGACGACAUUUACUAUUACGGCGGCCAAAACGCACACAACGUCGUAGCCGUGUGGCCCCACGAACCCAAACGGAACGGAGAAAUGACCAUAGCGGUCGGCGACUUAAUCGGGAUAGCAGGCAAUCACUGGAACGGCUUCAGCAAGGGACGAAAUCUCAGGACGAAUCAAAUCGCAUUCUACCCAAGUUUUAAGGUUAAGGACAAAAUUGAAACCGCUAAAUUUCCAACUUAUUCAGAGAUUUACAAACAGAAGGAAAACGAAGACUAAUUUCAUCUCGGUACGUAAUUGUCUCUCAAUUGUUUCGAUUUUUUUUGCUAGUCUAAUUUCUCGAAUCCAGAGAAAGUCCUUGGAUACUCUUUUUUUCCAACAUUUAAUUAAGUAAAUUUUUUUUUUUCACACGUUUGUAAAUAUUUUAUCUUUCAUAGCUUUAACGUCAUAAGUUGACUGAAUCAAGAAUUUUAUUUUUAAAUAGUAACAGUUGUGCCCGAAUACUCACUUUAAAACAGGUAAUUUAUUUAUUUAGAGCGCGUUUUUAUUAUGUAAAUAAACCAUUCCUAGUGGUUCAAAUAGAAUGUUUUGAUCCGUGUACAUAAGUCGGUUAAAGUACGGUGAACGGAUACGAAUAUCGGUAGAUAUAAAAUAUGCCCGGCAAGGUUUGCUUUGGCGUCAUAUCAAAAUAAACGGUCGAAAUAGGUGGGUGGUCAGUCUCAGAAGCGACAAAAAAAUGACGUUAAUUGUUCCUUUAGCAUUUGAAGGAUUUGAAUGUGAGAAUUUUUUAAAUGACUGUCAGGUGGUUGCGAGUCGAUUUUCUGAUCACGUUUUGUCUAUUCUUGAGUUUCUGGGAUCUGAGAACGGGAAUUUGAUCUUAGUCGUCGAUGAUUUUGGUUUUACUGAAAAUUUUAUAGAAUUUUUUUUUUGUCGUUAAAGUUGAGGAAUUUAUUUUUAACGGGGUGUAGAUCCUGUAAAAAUAGAUAAUUGCACCAAAAAUUGACUAUAUAAAAGCAGCAAAUUAAUGAAAAUAGAAAACUUGCCGAUAUAAUUGUUGUCGUAAUGCGUUUGCAUAAAAUUCAAAUUUGUCAUCCUUGGUUUAACGUGCAAAAAUUCUUGUUUUAAAUUUUUAAAUGGUCUUGAAAAAAAAUCACGAGGAUCAUCUUUUUCUCGUCGGUUUUGACAUUUUUUAUAAUUUCUUCAACCUUUCUGGUCAUAUCCUGCUAGUUAUUUCUUUAAACACUGUAUCAAUAUGCCUUUUAAGUAAUAUAACGAACCUUCAUGGUGUCGGAUGAUUUUUUAACCGAAAUCUUUUCGUGAAAUGCUACGGUUGCACUUUGUCAGCAUUCCCUGUAAAUUAAAAGCAUUGCUACAAGUUUAUUGUUUUCAAAACGUGGCAUUGUUUAAAAAAUGCACAGAAUAGAAAACUGCAUUGAGAAAAAUGCAAUUUAUCGUAUGCAUUUAAUACUGAGACCAUCUUUAUGCGAUAAAUUUGCGUACAACCGUUAAAAUAGAAGGAGGGCAGGACCCUACUUAAAUUUUAUAAACAUUUGUAUUAUCAAUAUUAUUUAUGAGUGAUUUUUGGUGAAAUCACCCGGUAGUUUUUUUUAAAUGGAGCUAAUUUCCUCCAAGAACUAAAAUCAAAUUCAAUUUCAAAGAUCUACAGUAUAGACCAGAAAAUCUAGCCCGAAAAUGACCAUUUCAUACAUGAUUCUUCGGUCAGGUUGAUUUUUUGUGAGCAGAUAGUAAAAACAGUGUAGAAUAAUAUGUACCGUAUCCGCACGCUGAAAAAGCGGGCGACAUUGUUUAAAAGUUGAUCAAACGUUAGAAAUUCGUGUUUUUCCACUGUAACUUUUUUUGUGGCGGUUCUACAGAGAAAUGGUAAAAUAGUUUUUUAUUCGUCUCACAAAAAAUCAGCCUGACCGAAGAAUUAUACACACAUACCGCUGUAUUUCCUGGUCUAAGUAAGGAGAGGUGGACUAACUGAAUGUUCGUCAUCAGACGUUUUGAAUUAUUGUUCAUAUUUAAUCAGGGGCGAUUUGAAUUUGAAUUCGUACUUUUUUAUACUUUCCAUGACACUUAUAUCCCUCAAACUGUUUAUCGAAACUUGUUAUUUUAAUUGUAAUGUAUAUUUUAAAUCUGAGUUAUUAUUAUACAUAAAGAAAUACAUAUAUUUAUACUUAAUGUGCAAUACAAUAAAAAUAAACAUGUUGCCAACAUUGUUUUCUUACACGUUUCUAUUGUGAAAUAUGUUUUUCGACAGUGUGUAAUCUAGUAAAGUAGCGGGUAAAAGCAAGUAAUAAUUUGUGAUUGCUUUUUCUUUCUUUUUUAUCCUGAAGACUUGUGAAUUAUCUCUUUAUAAUAAAAUAUUUUU